AUGGCAGAUAUUUGCGGUGCAAAGUUUCGUCUUUUAACAUGGAUAAGGUACUCAGCAUUUAUGGUUUUAUAUCCAACUGGGAUUUCCGGUGAAAUUCUAUUGGUAUUAGGUGGGAUAAAAAGUCUGAAAGAAACUGGGAAAUACUCAGUUAAUCUUCCAAACGCCUUAAAUUGUUCAUUCAGUUAUUUGGUCGUUUUAGUAGUUGCACUCAUAAUCUACGUUCCAGGUUCUAAAACCAUGUAUACACAUAUGUUGCGUCAAAGGAAGAAAAUAUUAUGGAAGAAGGACUAA